ACUGCAGUCGUAUCGGGGCAACAAUGAAAAAGGAAAUAAGGGAAAGCAUAUAACAUUUAUCCACCCUUAUCAACAACAGUAUAUAUUAUUUUAUAUAUAAUAUGUACUCCAUACUUCCAGGGAGCUUCAUUGUAUUACAAGCUAUUGGACUUUGGAAACCAACAGAAUACAAUAACUCACCAAUACUUAACUAUUACUACAGACUUCGUACAUUCAUAACAUUUUUUUUAAUAUAUUCAUUUACAAUAACUGGUAUUGCUGGAUUAAUUCUUACAACUAAAGAUAUUGGUGAUGUUACAAGUGACUGUUUUAUUUUACUCUCGAUUUUUGCUAUUUGUGGUAAAAUAGCUAAUAUUAUAUGGAGUCGUAAUAAAAUUAUUUGGAUAAUAGAUACACUCAAUAGUGAGCCAUGUAAACCGUUAAAUAAUGAUGAGAUGAUUAUUCAACAAAAAGUUGAUCGUCUUAUUUGGCAUAGUACACUUUUCUAUGGAAUAUUAACUGAAAUUACGGUAUUUAUGGUAACGUUCGGUACACUUUUAUUACAAUUACCUAUUGGUACCCUACCAUACAAUACGUAUUUACCAUGGGAUUAUUCACACGGUUAUUUAUACUGGGUUGCUUAUGGUUAUCAAAUAAUAAGUGUCUGUUUGUCGGCUAAUUCAGACAUUGGUUUUGAUACACUUGUUCCUGGAUUAAUGUUACAAAUAACCGCUAAAUUAGAAAUAUUGAAGUAUCGUUUUAUAAAUUUAGUCGAUACUCUUAAAUUAACCCAAUGGAAUGGUGUUAAUGAUAAGAGUUACAAUAAUUUUAAAAUUGAAAACAAAUUAAUUGCGGAUUACGUCAAGUGUCAUCUUAUUAUACUUAAAUUAGCUGAUACAAUAAAUAAGACAUUCGAUAAAGUUAUAUUACUUCAAUUUUUUAUAAGCUCAAUUGUAUUGUGUAUCAGCGUUUACAAUUUAGCAUUUUUAGAUGUUUUUACAACUGAAUUUACUAGUAUUAUACUUUAUUUAUGUUGUAUGUUAAUGGAAAUUUUUAUUCUUUGUGCAGCUGGUAAUCAAGUGACAAUAGUGAGUUCAACAUUAAGUGACGCUAUUUAUCAUACUGAUUGGAUUAAUUUAGACACAUCGAGUGUUAAAAGCUUAAUGAUUAUAAUGAAUCGUGGAUUAAAACCAAUUAUAUUUUCAAGUGGACAUAUAAUUAAAAUAUCAUAUGAUUCUUUUAAAACGCUGAUUAAACUAUCUUACUCAUCAUAUAACGUACUACAAAGAACUUGAUAAAGAAAAAAAACGAGUAUAAGAGUUAUAUUAAUUUUUUUAUUCAAUAAGAAAUUUUUAGCAUUAAAAAAAUUUGUUAAAAUUUAAUUCUAAUCAACUCAAAAAUAUAAUAUCAAUAUAGCAUUAUAAAUUAUUAUAACUUAUAUUACAAUAAUUAGAGCUAAAUACCGUUCGGUCUACGGUAUAGAGACACGGUAGGCUCGCGCCAUGACACUUAUUGACACAUUACAUGUGUUGAUUUAAACGUGUGUCCUUGGCGCGAGACACUACUGUAGCUCCUGAUAUACACUUAAAUCAGAAAUAAUAACAUGAAAAUUACAGCGAUAAAAUCUAAAGAAAAGCAAAGAAAAGAAUGUUUAUUUAGAUACAAAUAUUCGCUGUUUAGUUGUCAAUAUAUAUAGAUGACCGACUCUAAAGUCUAGAACUCUAGACUCUCAUCGCGUUUCUAUAAAACAAGAGAAGAAGACAUUUAUUUUCUAGAUAUUCAAAUAUCUAUUUAAAAAUAUCAGUUUGACUUUCGUUACAAUAUAUACAUGUUAAUGUGUUAAUAAAAAUAUAAUAAAAUAUACUAGAUACAAAAAAAAAUAUGAGGAAAAUACGAUAUUCCAGCCCGCGUGUAUAAUUGCUUACCCGAGUCGAAUGCGAUUCCUAUCAUCCUAUCUUUCUUCGUGGUGAGUUGGUGUAUAUACAAUUUUUCACAAGAUCUGCACCUGAAAAUUUAAUGUAUUUCUAAUACUAAAUGUAGAUAUACAAAUACAAAUACAUGAGUGAUCGGGUACUAGAUCUCUUACCUUAUACAAAAAUAAAACUUACAAUAAUUAAUAUAAAAUGCAUUAUACACUGUAAAAAAUCCGAAGUGAAUCCGGAUUGAAAUUAAAUCCAAAUUCACUCCACAUUCACUCCGCCACUCGGAGUUCCGGAGUUUUGAAAAAAAUUACUCCGCAUGCGGAGUGAAUUGGGAGUUUUUUUUUAGCGGAGUGAUCUCGGAGUGACGCGGAUUUUAUUUCACUCCCAAUUCACUCCGGUCCGGAGUUUUAACAUUUAAAUUAAUUUAUAUUAAACAGUUAAACAGCGUGUGUGUGCGAGUGCGAGUGCGUGCGUGUGGCUGUGUGCGUGUGUCUGUGGAUGUGUGUGCGAAUGUGUGCGUGCGUGUGUUCGGGUGUGUGCGAAUGUGUGUUCGGGUGUGUGCGUAAGUGUGUGUGUGUGCGUAUCGGUUGAUCAGUACUGUAAUACGUGAAUUUUUAUUUCGAUUUUACUUAGUGGAGUUAUAUUUUAUUAAUAAUAUUUUUAAAACUCCCCUCCGGAGUGAAUUUCACUCCGGAGGGAUUAAAUUAAUAAAAAAUUAUCCACUCCGCGAAAACUCCCCUGCGGAGUGAAUUUCACUCCGAAGGGAGUGAAUAAUUAAAAAUUCAUUCACUCUGGAUUUAAUCCGCAUUCACUCCGCGAAUUUUUUACAGUGUAUUACGUUAUGCUCUUGUAAAAUAAAUUCCAUUUUUAAUACAUUGUUGUAUGCAGUAUUAAAUUUUUUUUCACAAUUUUUAUAAUAUUAACAAUCUAUAAUCAUUUAAUUGGAGCAGUAUA